CAAAGGCGCCAGUGCAGGACAAAGCGAAGUCAUAUCGGGGCCAAGCAUAUGCAGGUGAAGAUCAUAAAUCUCUUGGGUGAUAACGAUAACCGCUCUUGGAGUGCUUGCAGUUCGAGUUGGAGAUUGAAGAGUCCUAUAUAAGGCGCUGGCCUAAUUGGCAGUAGAACAAACUCAACAGAGAACUCAAAAUGAAACAAUUCGCAGUUAUAUUCGCACUGGCUCUGGCUUCGGUUUCGGCCACCUCCAUCCCUCAGCCGGGAUUCCCCAGCGGUCGCAUCAUCAACGGCUAUGAAGCGGCGAAGGGAGAGGCGCCCUAUAUCGUGUCCUUGCAGACCACAGCCAACUCCCACUUCUGUGCAGGAACUUUGCUCGACGAGGUGACCAUCAUGACCGCCGCCCACUGCCUGAUCUACAACCAAGGCCAGGCAGUUGCCGGUGCUCACAGCCGCACUGACCGGGAGAACGUUCAGACCAGGAAGUUCACCAGUGCCCAGUACGUGAUCCACGAGAAGUACAGCGGCGGUGUGGGACCCAACGACAUCGGCCUGAUCCUGCUCAACGCCGAGGACGCCUUCGAUCUGAAUGCUGUGGCCCGAGAUGGCAGCAAUCCGGUGGGCGCCGUGAGUCUUCCUUCGAAGACAUUCCAAGGCUCUGCCGAUGGAUAUCUGUACGGCUGGGGCUACGACAACACAGGAGUGCUGCCGACGAACCUUCAGAAACUGGACGCCACUAUCAUCGACUACAACGCAUGCAAGGCGGCGUUGCCAUCCAGCAACUCGCUGGCGGACACCAAUGUAUGCUCCCACACCGCCGGAAAGGCCGACGGAUCCUGCAACGGAGACAGUGGCGGCCCCCUGGUCCUCAAGUCCAGCAGUGGUGCGGUCCAGCAGAUUGGCAUCGUCUCCUGGGGAUACAUACCCUGUUUGACCACUAUCUACCCUUCUGUCUACACAUCAGUGUCUUCGUUUUUGCCUUGGAUCGAUGAGAACCGUAAGGCGAAGUAGACAAUAACCGACAUACACUUGUAUAUAUUCACUUAAUAAACGAACAUUCAAACAAAAUAAGCAACGUUUGGCACAUCGUGAUAUUGGUAAUUCCAUCCCAAAAAAUACCUAGCCUAAAAUCUCUUUUAACCAAAUUACCACCGAAUGGGGGGUAGUGAAACUAACUAAUAAUCAAUAUUCCCAGACAACACCGUUCAAGUAAACAGCUCACU